AUGUCAUUUAGUUGGUCAACAUCAUCAAGUCCAUCAUUUGCUGGUAUUAAACCAGCAUCUACGAAUAGUUUUGCUGAUGCACUUAAACGACUUGCUGAACAUGUAGAAGAAAAAAAUAAAAAUAUAGAUGCAAAUAAUAUUGGAAAUUCUAGUCUUGUUCAAUCAUCCAUAGAUUUUCCUAAUCGAAUGUUUUCAUGUCAUGUAAAUAAUUCAAUGUCACCUGAACAAACAUUACGAUUGUAUACACAAUAUAUUCAUGAAAUUGAAAGAAGAGAAGAUAUGCGACGACGGUAUCUACGUGUCUAUGAUGGAUCAAAUGGUCCUAGUAUAAAUUUACCUAUAUUGAACAGGCGUUCUGAUGUCAUUGAUCCUUACCGAUUUACGGCACCCCACUUAUCUAGUCUCCUUCAUUCACCUGCAUAUUUACAAUUACUUACACAACCAACAAGACUAACACAACCAGCUCCAUUUUCAUUAACUAAUGUCAAAACAAUUGAUACAACACCACGCAUUCCAAUACAAGAAAAUACUGAUAAAAAAUCAUCUGAGCAAAUAUCACAACUUUCUAAACCAAAAUUAAAACUAUUCCGUCCUUAUGAUCUUGAUACUCCUAAUUCAAAUUCUCACCAAGCAUCACCAUCUUCACCAACUGUUACUAAAAAAUCAACUCUAUCUCCAUCAACUUGUAGUAAUAGCAACUUAACAAUUUCUGAUGAGUCACAACAAACAGUAACAUCGUCUGGUAAAGAAAAACAACUAUUUAAUACAUUAGGUCUUGUUCAACAGUCAACAGAUUUACUAACAGAAAAAUCAUCGUUGAUUGAAACAGUACCAUUAGAAGAUUCAACAUCAAAUGAAACGGUUUUUACACAAGAAGAUAAUCGUCUCGAUAAUAUUCUUUCCAAUACAAAAGAUUCUUCAUUAUUCGUUACAUUUAAACGUAAAUCAGUUUUUUCAUCCAAUACACAAAAUUCACCAAAUCGAAAACAAUCAAAAAUCGAUAAAAUACACAAUGCAGUGGAAUAA